UUCCCCUCCACUCUCCUCGGGCCUGCGCUGCUGGGGAGGGCGGGAAGGCCGCGGCUGCCCGGCAGGGGUGGCCCGGCCUGGGCUGCUUGCCCGGGUUCCCCGGACUGUCGACGGAAGGCGUGGGUGGGUGGGUGACCUCAGGCCCGCGGACUGCCUUCCUAAACCCUGUGACAUCUAAGAAAAGGUGGACAAGUCCUAUUUUCAAGAGAAGAUGACUUUUAACAGUUUUGAAGGAUCUAAAACUUGUGUACCUGCAGACAUCAAUAAGGAUGAAGAAUUUGUAGAAGAGUUUAAUAGAUUAAAAACUUUUGCUAAUUUUCCAAGUAGUAGUCCUGUUUCAGCAUCAACACUGGCAAGAGCAGGGUUUCUUUAUACUGGUGAAGGAGAUACCGUGCGGUGCUUUAGUUGUCAUGCAGCUGUAGAUAGAUGGCAAUAUGGAGACUCAGCAAUUGGAAGACACAGGAAAGUAUCCCCAAAUUGCAGAUUUAUCAACGGCUUUUAUUUUGAAAAUAGUGCCACGCAACCUACAAAUUCUGGUAUCCAGAAUGGUCAGUACAAAGUUGAAAACUAUCUGGGAAGCAGAAAUCAUUUUGCUUUAGACAGGCCAUCUGAGACACAUGCAGACUAUCUUUUGAGAACUGGGCAGGUUGUAGAUAUAUCAGACACCAUAUACCCGAGGAACCCUGCCAUGUAUAGGGAAGAAGCUAGAUUGAAGUCCUUUCAGAACUGGCCAGACUAUGCCCACCUAACCCCAAGAGAGUUAGCGAGUGCUGGACUCUACUACACAGGUGUUGAUGACCAAGUGCAGUGCUUUUGUUGUGGUGGAAAACUGAAAAAUUGGGAACCUUGUGAUCGUGCCUGGUCAGAACACAAGCGACAUUUUCCUAAUUGCUUCUUUGUUUUGGGCCGCAAUCUUAAUAUCCGAAGUGAAUCUGAUCCUGUGAGUUCUGAUAGGAAUUACCCAAAUUCAACAAAUCUUCCAAGAAAUCCAUCCAUGGCAGAUUAUGAAGCACGGAUCAUUACUUUUGGGACGUGGAUAUACUCAGUUAACAAGGAGCAGCUUGCAAGAGCUGGAUUUUAUGCUUUAGGUGACGGUGAUAAAGUAAAGUGCUUUCACUGUGGAGGAGGGCUAACUGAUUGGAAGCCCAGUGAAGACCCUUGGGAACAACAUGCUAAAUGGUAUCCAGGGUGUAAAUAUCUGUUGGAACAAAAGGGACAAGAAUAUGUAAACAAUAUUCAUUUAACCCAUUCAUUUGAGGAGUGUCUGGUAAGAACUACUGAGAAAACACCAUCACUAACUAGAAGAAUUGAUGAUACCAUCUUCCAAAAUCCUAUGGUACAAGAAGCUAUACGAAUGGGGUUCAGUUUCAAGGAAAUUAAGAAAACAAUGGAGGAAAAAAUUCAGAUAUCUGGGAGCAACUAUAAAUCACUUGAGGUUCUGGUUGCAGAUCUAGUGAAUGCUCAGAAAGGCAGUACACAAGAUGAAUCAAGUCAGACUUCAUUACAGAAUGAGAUUAGUACUGAAGAGCAGCUAAGGCGCCUGCAAGAGGAGAAGCUUUGCAAAAUCUGUAUGGAUAGAAAUAUUGCUAUCGUUUUUGUUCCUUGUGGACAUCUAGUCACUUGUAAACAAUGUGCUGAAGCAGUUGACAAAUGUCCCAUGUGCUACACAGUCAUUACUUUCAAGCAAAAAAUUUUUAUGUCUUAAUCUAAUUCUAUGGUAGGUGUGUUAUGUUCUUGUUAUUGCCCUGAUUGAAUGUGUGAUUUGAACUGACUUUAAGUAAUCAGGAUUGAAUUCCAUUAGCAUUUGCUACCAAGUAGGAAAAAAAAUGUACGUGGCAGUAUUUUAGUUGGCAAUAUCUUUGAAUUUCUGGAUUUUUUAGGUUAUUAGCUGUAUUAUUUAUCCAAUUUUUUUACUGUUAUUUAAUUUAAACCCUAGACUAAGAAGCAUCAUAUUAUAACUGAUCACAAUGGGUAUUCAUAGUAUACUGACUUAAUUUCUAAGUGUAAGUGAAUUAAUCACCUGGAUUUUUUAUUCUUUUCAGAUAGGCUUAACAAAUAGAGCAUUCUGUAUAUAAAUGUGGAGAUUACAGUUAAUCUCCCCAAUCACAUAAUUUGUUUUAUGUGAAAAAGGAAUAAAUUGUUCCACAGUGGUGGAAAGAUAGAGAUUAUUUUUAGAGGUUUGUUGUUGUGUUUUAGGAUUCUGUCCACUUUAUUUUAACAUUAUAAGCAUGUACUUAUGCAAAUGAUUUUUUUAAAGUGAUUUGCCAUUUUUGAAAGGGUAUUUAAUGAUAGAAUACUAUCAAGCCAACAUGUACUGACAUGAAAAGAUGUCAAAGAUAUAUUAAGUGUAAAAUGCAAGUGGCAAAACACUAUGUAUAGUCUGAGCCAAAUCAAAGUAUGUAUGUUUUUUACAUGUAUAGAACAAAAGAUUUGGAAAGAUAUACACCAGACUGUUAAAUGUGGUUUCUCUUCAGGGGGGUGGGGAAGGGACCCCAGAGGGGUUUUAUAGGGGCCUUUCUUUUUUUUUUUUUCCAUUUUGUUCUGUUUGAAUUUUUUGUAAGUAUGUAUUACUUUUGUAAUCAGAAUUUUUAGAAAGUAUUUUACUGAUUUAAAGGCUUAGGCAUGUUCAGACGCCUGCAAAACUACUUAUCACUCAGCUUUAGUUUUUCUAAUCCAAGAAGGCAGGGCAGUUAACCUUUUUGGUGCCAAUGUGAAAUGUAAAUGGUUUUGUUUUUCCUGCUUUGUGGAUGACAACUAUUUCUGAGUGGUAGUUUUUUGACAGGUAGACCAUGUCUUCUUAUCUUGUUUCAAAAUAAAUAUUUCUGAUUUUGUAAAAUGAAAUAUAAAAUAUGUCUCAGAUCUUCCAAUUAAUUAGUAAGGAUUCAUCCUUAAUCCUUGCUAGUUUAAGCCUGCCUAAGUCACUUUACUAAAAGAUCUUUGUUAACCCAGUAUCUUAAACAUCUGUCAGCUUACGUAGGUAAAAGUAGAAGCAUGUUUGUACACUGCUUGUAGUUAUAGUGACAGCUUUCUAUGUUGAGAUUCUCAUAUCAUCUUGUAUCUUAAAGUUUCAUGUGAGUUUCUACCGUUAGGAUGAUUAAGAUGUAUAUAGGACAAAAUGUUAAGUCUUUCCUCUACCUACAUUUGUUUUCCUGACUAGUAAUUGUAGUAGAUACUUCUGAAAUAAAUGUUCUCUCAAGAUCCUUAAAAUCUCUUGGAAAUUAUAAAAAUAUUGGCAAGAAAAGAAGAAUAGUUGUUUAAAUGUUUUUUAAAAACACUUGAAUAAGAGUCAGUAGGGUAUAAAUUAGAAGUUUAAAAAUGCUUCAUAGAACAUCCAGGGUUUAUAUUACAAGAUUCUCGCAACAAAACUAUUGUAGAGGUGAGUAAGGCAUGUUAGUACAGAAAAAAGUUUGAGAGUAAAACUGUAAAAAAUUAUAUUUUUGUUGUACUUUCUAAGAGAAAGAGUAUUAUUAUGUUCUCCUAACUUCUGUUGAUUACUACUUUAAGUGAUAUUCAUUUAAAACAUAGCAAAUUUAUUUUAUUUAUUUUUCUUUUUGAGGUUGGGUUUUGCUCUAUUGCCCAGGCUGGAGUGCAGUGGCGUGAUCUUGGCUCAUUGCACCCUUCACCUCCCGGGUUCAAGGGAUUCUCCUGCCUCAGUUUCCUGAGUAGCUGGGAUUACAAGUGAGCGCCACCAUGCCUGACUAAUUUUUGUAUUUUUAGUAGAGACAGGGUUUCACCAGGCUGGUCUCAAACUCCUGACCUCAGGAGAUCCGUAUGCCUUGACCUCCCAAAGUGCUGGGAUUAUAGGCUUGAGCCACCAUGCCUGGCCAAAACGUUGCAAAUUUAAAUGAGAGUUUUAAAAAUUAAAUAAUGAUGACCCUGUUUCUGUUUUAGUAUAUAAAUCCUCAGUUCUUCACCUUUGCACUGUCUGCCACCUAGUUUGGUUAUAUAGUCAUUAACUUGAAUUUGAUCUGUAUAGUCUAGACUUUAAGUUUACAUUUAAAGUGUUCUACAAGGGGAGAAAAGUGUUAAAAAUUUUUAAAUAUGUUUUCCAGGACACUUCAGCUCCAAGUCAGUUAGGUAGUUCAAUCCAGUUGUUAGCCAAGGACUCGAGGACUAAAUUGUUUUAACAUAAGGCUUUUCCUGUUCUGGGAGCCACACUUCAUUAAAAUUCUUCUUCUAAAACUUGUGUGUUUAGAGUUAAGCAAGGCUUUUUUUUCCCCUCUCCAUGAGUUGUGAAAUUUAAUGCACAACGCUGAUGUGGCUAACAAGUUUAUUUUAAGAAUUGUUUAGAAAUGCUGUUGCUUCAGGUUCUUAAAAUCACUCAGCACUCCAACUUCUAAUCAAAUUUUUGGAGACUUACCAGCAUUUGUCUGUGUUUGAACUAUAAAAAGCACUGGAUCUUUUCCAUCUAAUUCUGCAAAAAUUGAUCAUUUGCAAAGUCAAAACUAUAACCAUAUCCAAAUCUUUUCCCCCUCCCAAGAGUUCUCAGUGUCUACAUGUAGACGUUCCUUUUCUGUAUAAAGUUCACUCUAGAAUUUCAAGUCACCACUUAAUUUUACAUUUGAGGCAUGCAAAGAUUCCAGUUGUUUUGUAGUAAGUACUUAUCUUUAUUUGUAAUAAUUUAGUCUGCUGAUCAAAAGCAUUGUCUUUUUUUUUCUUUUUUUAAAAACAUUUAUUUACAGGAUAAGCUGUCUCAUUUAAGCAUUGUCUUAAUUCUUGAGAAAUGGUUUUAGAAUUUACAAACUAAAUGCCAGUUUAUUAAUUAAUGACUUUAUAUUGCCUUUCCUGCUAUAUUUGUUUUUUCCCGUUUCUUUGAUUAUGGGCUAAGGCAGGGUAGAGUGGGUGUAGUGAGUGUAUCUAAUGUGAUUUGGCCCUGUGUCUUAUGAUAGUUUGUUAUUUUUGUUGUUAUAUUAUUUACAUUUCAGUACUUGUUUUUCCUGUUUUCAUUGUAGUGGAUGAAAUUUGUACUUUGAACUAUGAAUGGAGACUACCACCCCAGCAUUAGUUUCAUAUAUACACCCUUUAAACCCGAAUUACUGUUUUAAUUCCUGAUUACGUAGGUGUUGAAUGGGGAAAGGGGCUAAGGAGGUGGGAGAAGUGGGAUAGGUUAUAUAUCAUUGCCAUUAGAGAAAUAAGAAAAUGGAAAGGAAUAUUCGACAUAGUUCUUUUUAGCCAAAUCUACUUGUUAAAAAA